CUUUCCAGCAUGCUGCGACAGGGCAGCCAGGCGCUCCGGCGAUUCUCCACCGGCCGGGUUUAUUUCAAAAACAAACUGAAGUUGGCACUUAUUGGUCAGAGCCUCUUUGGACAGGAAGUCUACAGCCACCUCCGCAAAGAGGGCCACAGAGUAGUAGGGGUGUUCACAGUUCCAGACAAGGAUGGAAAAGCUGACCCACUGGCUUUGGCUGCAGAGAAAGAUGGGACCCCUGUGUUCAAGUUCCCUAGAUGGAGAGUCAAGGGCAAGACCAUCAAGGAGGUGGCAGAGGCCUACAGAUCUGUGGGUGCCGAGCUAAACGUGCUCCCCUUCUGCACACAGUUCAUCCCCAUGGAUGUAAUCGAUGGCCCAAAGCACGGCUCCAUCAUCUACCACCCAUCCAUUCUGCCCAGGCACAGAGGAGCCUCUGCUAUCAACUGGACUCUAAUUAUGGGAGAUAAGAAAGCUGGAUUUUCUGUUUUCUGGGCUGAUGAUGGUUUAGAUACAGGACCCAUUCUUCUUCAGAGAUCAUGUGAUGUGGAACCCAACGACACAGUGGACGCACUUUAUAAUCGAUUUCUUUUUCCUGAAGGAAUCAAGGCCAUGGUAGAAGCUGUCCAACUGAUAGCUGAUGGAAAAGCUCCUCGUGUUCCUCAGCCAGAAGAAGGAGCAACAUAUGAAGGUAUCCAGAAAAAGGAAAAUGCUGAGAUUUCUUGGGAUCAGUCUGCCGAAGUUUUACAUAACUGGAUUCGAGGUCAUGAUAAAGUCCCUGGAGCUUGGACGGAGAUAAAUGGACAGAUGGUCACUUUCUAUGGCUCUACAUUACUGAACAGUUCUGUGCCUUCCGGAGAACCACUGGAAAUUAAAGGUGCCAAGAAGCCUGGUCUUGUUACCAAAAACGGACUUGUUCUUUUUGGUAAUGAUGGAAAAGCGCUGAUGGUGAGAAAUCUGCAGUUUGAAGAUGGAAAAAUGAUUCCUGCCUCUCAGUACUUUUCAACGGGUGAGACGUUGGUGGUAGAACUUACAGCCGAAGAGGUGAAGGUGGCAGAGAUCAUCAAGGUCAUCUGGGCUGGAAUUUUAAGCAAUGUCCCUGUUAUUGAAGACUCAACCGACUUCUUUAAAUCCGGAGCAAGAUCGAUGGAUGUUGUCAGGCUGGUUGAAGAGAUCAGACAGAAAUGUGGUGGGCUUCAGUUACAGAAUGAAGAUGUCUAUAUGGCCACCAAGUUUGAAGACUUCAUCCAAAAGGUCGUGAGGAAACUGAGAGGAGAAGAUCAGGAGGCGGAGCUGGUAGUGGAUUAUGUUUCAAAGGAGGUCAAUGAAAUGACAGUAAAAAUGCCGUAUCAGUGUUUCAUAAAUGGACAGUUCACAGAUGCGGAUGAUGGAAAGACUUACGACACUAUAAACCCAACAGAUGGAUCUACAAUAUGCAAGGUGUCCUAUGCUUCUUUGGUGGAUGUGGACAAAGCAGUAGCAGCAGCAAAAGAUGCUUUUGAAAAUGGUGAAUGGGGAAGAAUGAAUGCAAGAGAAAGAGGAAGACUGAUGUACAGACUUGCAGACCUACUGGAAGAGAACCAAGAAGAACUGGCAACCAUUGAAGCCCUCGAUUCAGGGGCCGUCUAUACCUUGGCUCUGAAGACUCACAUUGGAAUGUCUGUGCAAACAUUCAGAUAUUUUGCUGGCUGGUGCGACAAAAUUCAGGGUUCUACAAUUCCAAUCAACCAGGCCCGUCCAAAUCGCAAUCUGACCUUCACCAAGAAGGAACCUCUUGGUGUCUGUGCCAUUAUCAUUCCCUGGAACUACCCACUGAUGAUGCUGGCGUGGAAGAGUGCUGCGUGUCUGGCAGCAGGCAAUACCUUAGUGCUCAAGCCAGCACAGGUCACGCCCUUGACUGCUUUGAAGUUUGCGGAGCUCUCUGUGAAAGCAGGAUUUCCAAAGGGUGUAAUCAACAUCAUUCCGGGCUCAGGUGGCAUAGCAGGACAACGCCUUUCUGAACAUCCUGACAUCCGCAAACUUGGUUUCACUGGUUCCACUACUAUUGGCAAACAGAUCAUGAAGAGCGCUUCUGGAGUGAGAAAAACCACAUCAAAUUUAGAAGAGAAAUUUACUUAUCACUGCUGGGGCAUGGGAGCAGUAUUUUUCAACAAAGGAGAGAACUGUAUUGCAGCCGGGCGGUUGUUUGUGGAAGAAUCCAUCCACGAUGAAUUUGUGACGAGAGUGGUGGAAGAAAUUAAAAAGAUGAAAAUUGGGGAUCCACUUGACAGAUCUACUGAUCAUGGGCCCCAAAAUCAUAAGGCCCACCUGGAAAAGCUGCUGCAAUACUGUGAAGCUGGAGUGAAGGAGGGAGCCACCUUGGUGUACGGGGGAAGGCAAGUCCAAAGGCCAGGUAAGAUCACCUCCAUGGCGGGUUUACCAGGCACUUGCCUUCUGCAGUUGGAUGAGAGUUUUAGUGGAUUUUAUGUCUUCCUAAAAACAUCUUGUAGGGACAUCGAUGGAGUGUUGCAACGAGCAAAUAAUACAGAGUAUGGCUUGGCCUCAGGGGUUUUUACAAAAGACAUAAACAAAGCUAUGUACGUGAGUGAAAAACUAGAAGCAGGAACUGUUUUUAUUAACACAUACAACAAGACGGACGUGGCAGCCCCAUUUGGUGGAGUUAAACAAUCUGGCUUUGGAAAAGACUUAGGUGAGGAAGCUCUAAACGAAUACCUCAAAACCAAGACAGUGACGCUGGAAUAUUAGAGCAACACCAUCACCAGGAAACCUUGGCAGACAGCACCACUUCUCAACUCUAGACACACUUAAGAAGCCUGCGUGUGCGGAGGCAGGAGGUAUCAGCCACAAGCUGAAAAGUACACACAUGGACCAUAAAGAGGGUCAGGCCAUGUGUCAAAGCAUUUACACAUGUGCCUAAAUAUUUUCUAAUACACCUUUUAUGCCUUCAUAUGAUUUGCAAUUGUUGGGUUUUGACUAUGUUGUAUAUCAUACAUAUUUCUAAAAUACCAAGCUGCUUUUU